CAGCAAAUGCCACCAACCUUGCCUCACACUCGGAGUUGAACAGAAUGUUCUCGACAAAACUUCUUCGUAACAUUAUCCUUAUGCCCUAUAGUGUCCAUGUUAUACCAUGCACUAAGUUGACAUCUAGAAGGGUUUCACAAACUCGUCUCUCCUUUGGAACUAUCCGGUCAAAAUCGUCCUUACACCCACCCACGCCUUCCGCUAAGUUGUCGGUUUCGCAUUCGUCUGCAUCCUCGGAGCAGAUUAAGGAUGAUUCUCCGAUCCAAGAGGCUCGCUUAGGCAUUGUUUUUACCUGUACAGCGGAAGCAUGCUCUCAUCGUUCUUCGCAUACCUUUACGAAGCGUGCAUACGAACGUGGUAUUGUCAUUGUCCAAUGCCCUGGAUGUAAAAAUAGGCAUCUCAUCGCAGAUAAUCUCGGUUGGUUCAAGGAUAGCACGGAGGAUGGAAAACUCAAAAAUAUCGAGGAUCUCCUUAAGGCUCGCGGCGAAAGUGUCCAAAGAGGUUCUAUGGAUGCUAAUGGUGUAGUAGAAUAUUCUGAUAUUGAAGUUGGUAGAAAGUAGACGGAAACACUACGAGUCGCAUACUCCCCUCUUCUGAGGACCCACAUCAUUCCUGCUGAUGUUAUAUCUGGCGUGAUCCUCGUCCUGUUGCACCUACUAAUUGGAAUAAUAACACUCGCUUUCGACCCAUGCCCUCACUAUGUGGUUUGUGACUCAAGCGAAUGGCAAACAUAUUGCCGGGGUUCUAUGCCAACUGUAUAGUUGCAUCUCCGUGCAUUCGUCUUCACAGCAAUGUUCCCACCAUCCAACGCACAUUCACAUUGACGUUGAUGCCCGUUGACUUGUAAAUUGUGUGCUAGCACCUCAUAAUGAUGCCACGGCU